GCAGGAGGCGGUAUUGCUCCGUUAAAUUGGCUGCCAACCGCCGUAAAAAGGAAAUGUGGGGAGACCUCGCAUGGGUAUUUAAAGACCAGUGUGUACAAGUCUGUUAAGUAAACAAACAAACAAACAAACAAAAUGUGACCUUACGUUUAUUACACGUGUUUUCGUUCACAGCUACGCCGACCGAGUCAUGACUGAACGUUAUGCGGUUGACGUUAGCCACCAGUUGAGCUAGCAUCCUGACCGUUUAAAUUCAACGUUUUCAGCUCAUUAUUCGCUUUAAAAAGAGCGCGCGGGGGGGGGGGGGGGGGGGUAAAUGUUUGGAGCGAGGCGAGCAGUUAAGGCAGACACGCCUCUGAGGGCGCCUCUCAAACGGCGACACGGUAGGGGACGUCACCCAUGUCAAAAGUUCCAAGCGUUACCCGAGGAGGAACCUCAAUGUGACGCCGUUGCCGGGCCUGCCCACGUACGGACCAGCGGUAGGGCUUUGCGAUGUAAAUCCCAGUUUCCACCAAGCUCCAACAAUAUCUGGCCUAUACCAUCAGCAGGAGCAGCAGCGGCUGAGAGAGUCGGCGCUGUGACUUUAGGUCAUCCCGGGUGUCAGGUGAGACCUAGCCCACCUCAAACAGGGCCAACGGGGACGACAUCUGAGAACUCGAGUGACUCCUCAGACGAUGAUGACUUCUGGGAUUCCUUAACCUCCAGUAGUGUUCCUUCCCCGGAGAUCUUCAGACACGACACAGGUAUGUUUGAUUUCUUCUCUGAGGAUGUCACCGCCACGCCAGGGGAUGUCCGGCAGCCCCGGGUGAAGAACUCCACCUUACUGGGCAGGAGCCAUGUCGAGAGCAUCCAAAGGCACCGGCACCCCAACGUCUCCACCGUCCUAUAUGCCCCCUCCAUUUUGGUAAACACAAAGGGCCAGAUGAGUGACCAGGGAGCGACUGCGGACAAUCCCCAAACUCAUUCGGACGAAUCCUUGAAAGGGAAUUCACGGAAAUCCGCCCUCGCCAGGAGGCCCCUCUCUUACAGGAAGGUCCAGCGCUUCAAAAGUCCUUUUGUCGCCGAGCAGAAGGACGCUUCGAGUCUGCGCAAGAAGCAGCCUCCCAAAGUGGACGGCGCAGCCACGUUUUUCCACUUUGACGACGACUCCAUCCGUAAGGAGUUCUUUCGGCAAGCCCGAGAGCGGCACGCCAAACUCACAGGUUAACGCUUGUACGUACAACCCUGCGUCCUGUGAUGCCAAAUAUCGGAUGUAAAUAUAGGAUGUUGCACAGUGGCCUAAUUUGAAAUAUAUAUAUAUAUUUUUUUAAAGAAAAUGUGUUACUUUAUUUCAAGUACUCCUCAAGUAGAAAUAAAUUGUGACCGUUUUAGACUACUUUUAAGAAGGUUUAUGCUGCUGAAUAGGCUGUCAACGCACUACCUGCGGUGCGCAUUCGCAACAGGGUGGCCAUCUUUGAUAGCUAGCUAAGGACGAAAAGCACAAAAUACAUGGGUACUGACGUGGAUACCUUACAUGAAUCAGUCCGCUCGUAAAAGGGUUUAGGGUUAAGGUUAGGAUUAGAAUUAUGUGAUGGUUAAAAUUAGUUUCAGGGCUAGUGAUGGGUACUACCUACGUAUUUCGUCCUAGUGUUUUUGAUGUAGCUAGUUGCACAUGCGUACCGCAGAUGGUGCAGGCAUCUUGACAUAGCCUGUAGAUGUCAGACAUAAAACUUCAUAAAUUCCUGGUUGCUGUUAAUUUCACAUGAAAUAUCCAUUAGUUGUUUUAUUCACUUAGUCACUUGUAGCCAGGGGUUCCGUCCAAAGUAGGGCAAACUACCUCGUUUCUGUGUUGUUUUGAGUCUUUUGUGUAAAAUAAAUGUAUAGCUGUAAAAUAAAUAUUGCAUGUA